ACAGUUGAACUUGGUGCUUUGACAGUUGAAUUGGACACAUGGACAAUGGAACCUAUCACUUUGACAGUUGAACUUGGUGCUUUGACAUUUGAAUUGGACACAUGGACAAUGGAACUUAGCACUUUGACAGUUGAACUGGACACAUGGACAGUUGAACUUGGUGCUUUAAGAGUUGAACUGGACACAUGGACAAUGGAACUUAGCACUUUGACAGUUGAACUGAACGCAUGGACAGUUGAACUUGGUGUCUUGACAGUUGAACUGGAUACAUGGACAGUUGACCAAAACACAUGAACAGUUGAACUUGGUGCCUUGACAGUUGAACUAGAUACAUGGACAGUUGACCAGAACACAUGAACAGGUGAACUUGGUACUUUACAGUUGACUAGUACACAUGGACAGUUGACCUUGAACAGGACAUAUGGGCAGUUGACCGGGACACAUGAACAGUUGACCUUGACCGGGACACUUGAACAGGACACAUGAACAUAUGAACGGAAACCUUGAAUAGGACACAUGGGCAGUUGAACUGGACACUUAAAAUGGGUUUCAUUCUGGUAUCAAUCUAGUAAGCAAUUAAAAUAUUUUUUUUCAGAAUUUGAGGUAGGUUAUCAUGUUUACAGUUUUAAAUCAUACAUAAUAUACAAUAUCUGUGAGAUAUAAGCUCAUGAAAGUUUUCUUCUUAGUUAGGCUUCUCAGGUGGAGAGGUCAUGCAUUAAGAGUCUAUAGUCUUAAUACCUGCCUAUCUCCAAUUAAGGCUACAUUACAGCUAUGCAUUUUCUUUUCAUUCCAUCCAAACAAAUUGUAUUCCAUUUAGUGUUCAGGAUAUCUGGAAUAGUGUUUUAUUUGCUCAGGAAGAUAGAUUUAAACAACCUUUAAGUUGGUUUAUUAUUUUUGUGAUAUAUUUAUAUAUAUCAGUGGGCAAACCAAAUAGGUUUUAUAUUUAGUAACAUAAGAAAGAGAAAAACUUUGUAAAUUUUAAAUUGAAAUCUUAUGAUCAACAUAUCUUCCAAAAUAUGUUCUUCCUUAUCAAAGUUUGUCUCGUUCCAAUGAGUAUAAUUUUUAUUUUGUAUUAUAUUCUCUGUAUAAUAAAUCAUGUCAUUAUAACCUAGUCAUUUCAUUUGCUCAAUUAUUUUUGAUAAUCAUAAUAAGGUCUUAUUUUUGUAUGUAAAUAAAUAUCUAUUUUAAAUAUUU